GGUGCACGGAGAUUGGGGGUCGAGCUGUGGCUGCACAUGAGAAGGUAUAUCCUAGGCUCGCUGUCAUUCCCAUGGGAUGGUCUUGGGCUUUAUGGAUGCGCCAGAAGAUACACGAGAGGCUAGUCGAGGCAGCUGGCUCGGACCCCAAGUUUAGGAUCACCGACAAGACGCGCGCUCCGGACCUCAGCCAGCCGUGCCACACGCAGUAUGUGGACAACUACAUUGCGAUCUCGACCGACCGGGUUGUCGCAGUUGAUGCCAGCGAGUGGGGCCUCGGGGCCUGCUCGAGCCGCUGCGGAUCCUCGCUCUGUUCCCAGGUCGGCCGCACAUCCGAGAGGGAAAUGAUUGAGCAGGAUUGGAGGGUGGUGGGCCGUUUCGAGUGGCGGAAGAAGGGCGAGAGCAUCCCGGUCCUGGAGGCCCGCGCUACCCUGUACGGCUACAGCGCCGUGGCGCUGGAGCAGGCGCUGCCGACGGGACUGCUGGCACGCGGACCCCAGGCGGAUGUGGCCGCUCCGCAGGCGCCGGGCAGGCCGCCGCGCAUGGCGUCGGCGCCGACCUCGAGCCGGCCUACGUCGUCAGCAUGUCUCCGAGUGCCGGCGGCGCGCCAGCAGCGUCUCGUGCGGCGGCGGCCGGCCGCCUCAGCUGCCCCCCCGGGCUCGGUUGGGCCCAAGCGCCGCAAGGUGAGCCAGCGAGCCUCGCGGGCUGCGGCUCGGCGGUCUACAGCUGCGCGGCUGCCGGGCAUGACUGCGCUGGAGGCGGCGUCCAUCAAGCCGAGGACGCGGGACCGUUACCAGGAGAUCUUCGCCGACUUCCUGGCGUGGGCGAACGGCCGUCGUCUGACGACCGAGGACCUUGUGGACCAGGCGAUCGCGGAGUGGCUGGACGACCUCUACCUGGGCGGCGAGGACCUGAGUGCAGGGCCCUGGGCGUAUGCGGCGGUGACCUUCUUCACCGGCCUGAACAGAGCGUCGGGCGCGUUGAUGCCUCGGUCGCGCCGCGCCCUCCAGGGCUUUCGCAAGCUCGCGCCACCGCGAUCUCGAUUGCCGAUGCCCUACAUGGUAGUGGCGAUGGCGGUGAUGGAGCUCCUGGCCCGACAGCGCUAUCAAAGUGCGCUCGCCGUCCUCCUCAUCUUCGAGCUGCACCUGAGGCCCGGAGAGGCGUUCCACAUCAGGGCGGUGGACCUCGUCCCGCCCGUGGCGAGGGUCAGCGGAGCGACCCACUGGUGCGUGACUCUCCAUGCUGCCGAGACCGAGAGGGAGUCCAAGACCGGCGAGUUCGACGAAAGCCUCUCUCUGGAUCUCGGCCGGCAGUCCUUCCUCGGGCCCGCGCUCGACCUGAUGCUGAGGCACCAGCUGGGCGCAGACUGGCGGCGCGCGGAGCAGAAGCACGUCGGCUCCGGCCUGCACCCGGCAGCGCCGCUGUUCACCGCGACGCUCGACGAGGUGACGAGGGACUUCAAGGUGGCCGUCGAAACGCUGGGGGCGGAGACCGCCCUGGGCGCCGCCCACAUGCACAUGCUGCGGCACGGCGGCGCCUCGCACGACUACGCCUCGGGCUGCCGCCGCUUGGAGGACGUGCGCCGUCGCGGGCGCUGGCGUUCGUGGUCCUCGGUCCGGCGCUGCGAGAAGGGGAGCAGGUUGGGUCAGGUCGUUCACAAGCUCGGGCCGGUGCUUCAGGCCCACGGCAAACUUUGCGUCGAGCUGCUGAGCGAGCGUGUCUUCGUCGAGGUCUUCUCGGGCAGCGGCCACCUCUCGGAAGCGAUCUCGAGGGUAGGUGUCACCGCCCUGCUGUGGGACAUUAGCCUCGGCGAGAUGUACGACCUUAGGUGCAAGCGCAAUCGCCUCCUGCUCCUUGGGUGGGUGAGGGCCGGGCUGGUGGCUGGCGCCCAUGUGGCCACGCCGUGCUCGUCCUUCAGCCGGGCCCGAUACAUCCCCCCGGGGCCCCACAGGCUCCGAAGCGAUUCGGAGCCUAUGGGCCUUGGGGGGCUGUCCCAGGCCGAUCAGGAGAAGGUGGCGAUUGGUAACAUGCUGAUGCUGUUUCCCGCUUCCCUUAUCCGUGAAUGCAGGCAGGUUCAGGUGCCGUGCUCAUUGGAGAACCCGGCCAGAAGCCGUCUCUGGAUUUGCCCUGCUAUGCGACGUCUCUCCCGUGCUCAGGGCAUCACUGUUAUCACCACCGAUUUCUGUCAAUGGGGGGUGCCCUGGGAGAAGAGCACCACCUUCUUGUGCUACGAUCUUGACCUGGCCGAGCUUGAGGCGGCCAGAUGUGUUGGGAGUAAGAGAGGCAUCUGUAAGCGUACCAAUCUUCCCCAUCAGCAGCUCCAAGGCAAAGAUCAGGCCGGCAAUUUCUACACCGAGCUUGCUGAACCCUACCCUAAAAGGUUGCGUAAAGCUAUCGCGGACGCUUAUCACAACUCUUGGGCCAAAUGUCUCGGGGAGUCCUUUGGGCGCUUUAUGCAGUAA